AUGGUGCUGCCCAAGAUCUAUAAUGUUUACUUCCUUGCUGAUCGGUGGUUUGGAUUCGAUAUCUCCUCCAUGUCGCUUGUUAUCGGCACCACUCAGUACACAACAUACUUUGAUAAUCCCGAUACCAUUCGUCAAGAUGGUAUCACAGCCUCGAUGGCCGGCGGCUCUGUCAUCGGCGCGCUUGUUGUCGGACCCAUUUCCAACCGCUUGGGAAGACGCGACUCUAUAUUAUUUGCUUGUAUUUGGUGGCUCAUCGGUACUACCAUACAGGUUGCCUGUAAUGGAGAGGCAAUGCUGAUUGUGGAUCGUCUGCUGAAUGGCUUUUGCAAGGAAUACCGUGGUAUCAUCUUGUGCAUUCAGCAAUGGGCAAUAGAGUGGGGAAUUUUCGUCAUGUACUUCAUAUCUUAUGGCUGGUCAUUCUACCAUGGUAAGCCUACAGGCGCCUUUCGUGGCGCUUGGGCGAUGCAGUACAUUCCCUGCAUCAUGCUCAUGAUCGGGUUACCAUUUCUUCCACGCUCGCCUCGCUGGCUUGCAAAGGUUGGCCGAAAAGAGGAAGUCAUCAGUGUCCUCGCCAAUAUCCAGGCCAAGGGAGACAGAGAGGACCCUCUGGUCAUCGCGGAGUGGGAGGAGAUCACAACGAUUCUGGCUGCAGAGCGCGAAUCACCUAUCAAGGGCUGGCGUCUAUUUUUCACGAACGGAAUGUGGAAACGGACUUUUGCGGGCACUUCUAUGCAGGCUUGGCAACAAUUAAGCGGUGCUAACGUGAUGACUUACUACAUUCUGUAUGUUUUUGAGAUGGCAGGUCUGUCGGGAAAUGUGGACUUGACCUCAUCCGGUGUUGAGUAUGCGGUGUUCAUCAUAGGCACAGCCAUGACUUUCUUCUUCAUCGACAACACAGGCCGUCGACCACUUCUCAUAUAUGGGACCAUGGCUAUGAGUACAUGUAUGUUUAUUGUUGGAGGAAUCCUCGCCACCUAUGGCACCUAUCUGCCAGAUGGUCUCGAUGGCGACCUUAGCGUACGGAUUAAGGUGACUGGUGCACCAUCUUAUGUGGUCAUUGUCUUCAGCUAUGUCUUGGUUCUUGCAUACUCUCUUACCCUGGCCCCUAUUGCCUGGGUCUACGUUGCCGAGGUUUGGUCUCUUGAGACUCGGGCCACUGGCAUGGCAUUGGCUUCUGUGAGCAAUUGGCUCUCCAACUUUGGCAUCGGGUUUAUGAUUCCGGCUGGCUUUGCAAAUAUUACUUACAAACUCUUCAUCAUUUUUGGUAUCUUGAGUUUUGCUUCGUCAGUUCAAGCAUUCUUCACCUACCCUGAAACGGCUGGAAAAACUAUUGAGGGGAUUGAAAAGCUGUUCGAGCCGGGAGCUACUGCACCAUAG